UUGCCACGUUACCUCUUGCCAAGCGGCAAGUCUGCACUCGCUGCAAGAGUGUAACACAUCAGAUUUACUGAAAAUGGAUGUUACUUUGUUGAUGUUCAUCGCGUCAGCGCUUCUUUUAUUAAUCAUCUUAUGCUCUGUUUUCUUGCAACGUAAACUGGGUGCUGAGAAAGCACAAGUUCCAGAUGUACAAGGUCGCCCGGUAAGGAGAGCAGCCGGUGUUAGAAAUGCCAGACACCGUAUGCAGGGAAAUGUUAAUCACCAGCCGCGUGAGGAAGACAACAACAGGGAAGUCGACGGAGGUGACGACGAUGCGGCUGACAAGACAGAAAUCCCAGACCACAAGAUGGGAGCGAAGAAGCGGGCGAAGCUGGCAGCCAAAGCGGAGAAGAAGUUACAGAGAGAGGCAGCCGAACGAGACAGGGAAGAGCGCAAGAAACGGGAGCAGCUUUUGCAGGAGGAGAGGGACAAGCAGGCUGAGAAAGAACGGGCAGAGGAGCUGCGAGCGGAAGAAGCCGAGAAGAGAGCCAGGGAGGAAAAGGAGCAGAGGGAGCACGAAGAAUAUUUGAAGAUGAAAGAGGCUUUCAGCAUCGAGGAGGAAGGUUACGAUGAGGAAAACAAGGAAUACGAGGAAGACCUGUUGCAAGAGUUCCUCAAGUACAUAAAGCAGAAUAAAGUGCUGGUUCUGGAGGACCUAGCUGCACAUUUCGGGCUGAAAACAGCCAGUGUAGUAGAACGGAUUCAGGAGCUUCAAGCUAAUGGUAAUUUGACGGGGGUGAUCGACGACAGAGGGAAAUUUAUUUAUAUCUCGAAGGACGAGCUCCACGCUGUUGCGAAAUUUGUGCGACAACGUGGUAGAGUUAGCAUCACUGAAUUAGCAGAAAAUUCGAAUAGCCUAAUCAAUUUAACUCCUGCAAAGAGUCGUAGCGUUUCGGCUAGUUAGAUACGUAUUAGAUUCUUCUUGUACAUAUUUUAUGUUAUGAGUAAUGUAUUGGUGAAUAAGGUUACUGCUCUAAUAUGAUCUCUAUUUGUAAUAUAUCUUGUAACAUGAUAAAUAUUUAUCAAUAUUAUUGAAUAAAAAUGGUUAUCAUGAAUUUAA